GCGGUCAGGCAGUUUUAUUACAAGCCUAUGAAGUUUGAAGCGAUCUGGUAUGGAGACAGGAUGGAAGGGAAAUUCUGAGAUAUCACCAAGUUGUCCUCGGUGUGGUUCCUCAAAUACUAAAUUUUGUUACUACAACAACUACAGCUUAACUCAACCGAGAUACUUUUGCAAGGGUUGUAGAAGGUAUUGGACUAAAGGAGGAUCCCUACGAAAUGUGCCUGUAGGUGGCGGGUGCAGGAAGAAUAGAAGAGGAAAGUCAGUGAGGCUAUCUUCUAAUGACCACUCUACGAGUUUCGGUUGUGAAGGCUUGCCUAAUAACUCUAUUAGGCAUCCACAUAGCCAUAAAGGAAAUGCCUCCAUAGAGUCCUCUAGCUCGCCAAUGUUUCCUGAUGGUUCUCAUAUUGAUCUUGCACUUGUUUAUGCAAAGUUCCUGAAUCCACAGCAAGAUUCCAAGAGUGGUUAUGAAGAGCCAGAAUUUACCAGUGAGUUUGAUCCCUCUCUAAUAUUCACUAACAUCUCGAACACAAGUUUGGAACCAAGUUCUCAGUUGUCAGAAGAAAAUGGUCUUGCUGGAUGCCUCACUAUCUCCGACUUCUCGACGAAAGCUCCUUUGAAAGACAAUGACCACUUGAUGUACUACUAUAGUUUAGACUCAGCACACAAGCAUCAAGAUCACCAAGAUAGGACUCAACAAUGUACAGGUAAUGAUACAAGCAGCUUCAACUUGCCACCGUUGCCAGGGCAAGACACAGCCUCUCAAGAGAUACUUUGGUCGAAUUCUCACCUGAUGGGAAAUCAUAACCUGGAAAUGUCUCAACAGCCAGUGCUUGGGCCUGAGACUCAAGAUCCUAAUCUAUUGUUCCCUGGAAAUGUCUCAACAGCCAGUGCUUGGACCUGA